GGGGCUGCCCAGGCGCGCAGAGUGGCAGCCUCCUGCUCCGCAGUGCCACCCCGGGCACAGGCAGGAGACCCAGCGCCACGGGAUGGCGGUGGCUCUGGGCUGGGCACCGCGAUCCUCACCGCUGCUGCUGCUCACUCUACCGCUGCUGCUGUUGCUGAGGAUGUCGCCCUGCUGGAGCGUGGUGGCCCAGGACCAUCCGGUGGCCAAGCUCAGCCUUCACCCACCCUACUUCAACCUGGCCCAGGCGGCGAGGAUCUGGGCCACCGCCACCUGCGGGGAACGGGGCCCGGAGGUCUCAAGGCCUCGGCCUGAGCUUUUCUGCAAAUUGGUGGGCGGCCCCACUGCACAGGGCAGCGGCCACACCAUCCAGGGCCAAUUCUGUGACUACUGCAAUUCUGAGGAUUCCAGGAAGGCACAUCCAGCCAUCCAUGCGAUUGAUGGAUCUGAACGGUGGUGGCAAAGCCCUCCUCUCUCCUCCGGCACUCAGUACAACAAAGUCAACCUCACCUUGGAUCUGGGUCAGCUCUUCCAUGUGGCUUAUAUCUUAAUCAAAUUUGCGAACUCUCCCCGCCCUGAUCUUUGGGUCCUGGAAAGAUCUGUAGACUUCGGAAGCACCUACUCGCCAUGGCAGUAUUUUGCUCAUUCUAGAGGAGACUGUGUAGAACAGUUCGGGCAAGAAGCAAACAUGGCGAUCACCCAGGAUGACCAGGUGCUCUGCGUCACGGAGUACUCCCGUAUCGUGCCUCUGGAAAAUGGCGAGAUUGUCGUAUCCUUGAUAAAUGGUCGUCCAGGUGCAAAAAAUUUUGCUUUCUCUGACACCCUGAGGGAGUUUACUAAGGCCACAAACAUCCGCUUGAGGUUCCUGAGAACCAAUACCCUCCUUGGGCAUCUUAUUUCCAAGGCAGAGCGAGACCCCACUGUCACGCGCCGGUAUUAUUACAGCAUAAAGGACAUCAGUGUUGGCGGGCGGUGUGUUUGCAAUGGCCAUGCGGAGGCGUGCAGCGCUGACAACCCCGAAAAGCAGUUCCGAUGUGAAUGUCAGCACCACACCUGUGGGGACACGUGUGAUCGCUGCUGUGCGGGCUACAACCAGAGACGCUGGCAGCCCGCUGCUCAGGAGCAGCACGAGUGUGAAGCCUGCAACUGCCACGGGCAUGCCGUGGACUGCUACUAUGACCCAGAUGUGGAGAGCCAACAGGCAAGCUUGAACAGCAAAGGCGUCUACAUGGGUGGAGGGGUCUGCAUCAACUGUCAGCAUAACACUGCGGGCGUGAACUGUGAAAAGUGUGCGAAGGGUUACUUCCGGCCCUAUGGAGUUCCGGUGGACGCACUGCACGGAUGCAUCCCUUGCAGCUGUGACCCUGAACGUGCGGAUGACUGUGAGCAGGGCUCAGGCCGCUGUCAUUGUAAGCCAAAUUUCUCCGGAGACUACUGUGAGAUGUGUGCAGAUGGGUACUAUAAUUUCCCAUUUUGCUUGAGAGUUCCAGUCUCUCCUGACUACACGCCGAGGCCAGAAGACCCAGUAGCCGGUAAUAUAAAAGGGUGUGACUGUAACUUGGAAGGUGUUCUCCCAGAGAUAUGUGACGAUCGUGGCAUGUGCCUGUGCCGCCCUGGGGUUGAGGGUCCCCGGUGUGACUCCUGCCGCUCAGGCUCCUAUUCAUUCCCAAUAUGCCAAGCUUGCUGGUGUUCGACGAUUGGAUCUUAUCCAGUGCCCUGUGACCCUGGGACUGGCCAGUGCGAAUGUCUGCCUGGAAUAACCGGGAGGCAGUGUGACAGGUGCCUCUCGGGAGCCUAUGACUUUCCCUACUGCCAAGGGUCCAACAGUGUUUGCCAUCCCGCUGGGACCCUUGACUUCAGCUUGGGUUAUUGCCAGUGCAAGCAGCAUGUUACAAGUCCUACAUGUAGUGUCUGCAAACCAUUAUAUUGGAAUCUGGCCAAAGAAAACCCCCGUGGAUGUUCAGAGUGCCAGUGCCAUGACGCAGGGACAGUGAGUGGAAUUGGAGAGUGUGGGCAGGAGGACGGCGACUGCAGCUGCAAAGCCCACGUAACUGGUGAUGCCUGCGACACCUGUGAAGACGGGUACUUCUCUUUGGAGAAGAGCAAUUACUUUGGCUGUCAAGGGUGUCAGUGUGACGUUGGUGGCGCACUCACCACCGUGUGUAGUGGGCCCUUGGGAGUAUGCCAGUGCAGAGAGCAUGUCGAGGGGAAACAGUGCCGGAGGCCUGAAAAUAACUACUACUUCCCGGAUUUGCAUCACAUGAAGUAUGAGGUCGAAGAUGGCAGUGGACCAAAUGGAAGAGACCUGCGGUUUGGAUUUGACCCCCUGGUAUUCCCGGAGUUUAGCUGGAGAGGAUAUGUCCCGAUGACCUCGGUACAGAAUGAAGUAAAGGUCAGGCUGUCGGUGAGGAAGUCAAGCCUCUCCUUGUUCCGAAUUAUUCUGAGAUACAUCAAUCCUGGAAUGGAAGACGUAUCUGGACGCAUCACGGUUUACUCAUCCCGGGGAAAGUCAGAUGCUCCUCAAAGCAAAGAGAUCACCUUUCACCCGAGUAAAGAGCCAGCCUUUGUCACAGUCCCUGGAAAUGGCUUUGCAGGGCCAUUCUCCAUCACACCUGGGACAUGGAUUGCUUGCAUCCAGGUGGAAGGAGUCCUUCUGGAUUACCUGGUGCUGCUUCCCAGGGACUACUAUGAAGCAUUCGCCCUUCAAGUGCCAGUCACAGAGCCAUGUGCCCACACAGGAUCUCCCCAGGACAAUUGUCUGCUUUACCAGCAUUUACCACUGACUGGAUUCUCCUGUACCCUGGCUUGUGAGGCCAAACACUUCCUGCUUGACGGAGAGCUGAGACCCUUGGUAGUGAGGCAGCCCACGCCCACACUCCCAGCCAUGGUGGACCUCAGCGGGAGAGAGGUGGAGCUGCACCUACGUCUGCGGGUCCCACAGACUGGCCACUAUGUGGUCAUGCUGGAGUAUGCCACGGAGGUGGACCAGCUUUUUGUGGUGGAUGUGAACCUGAAGAGCCCAGGGUCUGCCUUGGCAGGCCAGGUAAACAUAUACAGCUGCAAGUACAGCAUCCCGUGCAGGAGCAUGGUGAUUGACAGCCUGAGUCGUACAGCUGUGUAUGAGCUGUGGGCAGAUGCAGACAUUCAGCUCAAGGCGCACAUGGCCCGCUUCCUUCUGUAUCACAUUUGUAUUAUACCCGCUGAAGAAUUCUCACUUGAAUAUUUGAGAGCUCAGGUCCACUGCAUUGCCAGCUAUGGGCAGCAUGCUAAUCCAAGUGCUUCCUGUGUCUCCCUGGCCCAUGAAACUCCUCCAACAGCCUUAAUUUUGGAUGCUGCGAGUAGAGGCCCUUCCUCUCCCCUGCCUCAUGAGCCUUCCUCUCCUGGAGAUGUUACUAAUGGAGUUACUCUGAAGGCACCACAGAGUCAAGUAACCCUGAGAGGCCUCAUAACACGCCUGGGCCGACACGUCUUUGUCAUCCAUUUUUAUCAAGCAGAGCACCCGGGGUUUCCCACUGAGGUGAUUGUGGAUGGAGGAAGACAGUGGUCAGGUUCCUUCCUUGCCUCCUUCUGUCCUCACUUACUUGGCUGCCGGGACCAAGUGAUCUCUGAUGGCCAGGUGGAGUUUGACAUCUCAGAAGCAGAGGUGGCUGUGACUGUGAAGAUCCCCGAGGGGAAGUCCUUAACAUUGGUCCGGGUUCUAGUGGUACCUGCAGAGAAUUAUGACUACCAAAUACUUCACAAAACCUCUGUGGACAGGUCCUCCGAGUUCGUCAGCAGUUGUGGAGGAGACAGUUUUUAUAUUGAUCCCCAGGCAGCCUCUGGAUUCUGUAAGAAUUCUGCAAGGUCCCUGGUAGCCUUUUACCAUAACGGUGCCGUACCCUGUGAGUGCCACCCCGCUGGGACUGCCGGCCACCGCUGUAGUCCUGAGGGAGGGCAGUGCCCUUGCCGGCCCAAUGUCAUCGGGAGGCAGUGCACCCGCUGUGCGACAGGCCACUAUGGAUUCCCACACUGCAAGCCUUGUAAUUGUGGCAGACGCCUUUGUGAAGAGGUGACAGGCAAGUGUCUCUGCCCACCCCACACAGUCAAGCCUCAUUGUGAGGUCUGUGAGCUGAAUUCCUUCAACUUCCACCCUGUGGCUGGCUGUGACAUCUGCAACUGCUCCAGGAAGGGCACCAUUGAAGUGGCCAUCUCUGAGUGUGACAGGGACAGUGGGCAGUGCAGGUGCAAGCCUAGAGUCACAGGGCAGCAGUGUGACAAGUGUGCUCCUGGCUUCUACCAGUUCCCUGAAUGUGUCCCCUGCAGCUGUAACAGAGAUGGGACUGAGCCCAGCGUAUGUGACCCAGGGACUGGGGCUUGCAUGUGCAAGGAAAAUGUGGAGGGUCCCCAAUGUCAACUGUGUCGAGAAGGAUCAUUCUACCUGGACUCUGCCAACCCAAAGGGUUGUACCAGGUGCUUCUGUUUCGGAGUGAAUACUGACUGUCAGAGUUCACAUAAGCAAAGAGCUAAGUUUGUAGACAUGAUGGGCUGGCGUCUGGAGACAGCAGAUGGAGUUGACGUCCCUGUGUCCUUCAACCCAGGCAGCAACAGCAUGGUUGCAGAUCUGCAGGAGCUGCCACCCUCCGUUCACAGUGCAUCCUGGGUGGCACCUCCAUCCUACCUAGGUGAUAAGGUAUCGUCAUAUGGCGGCUACCUCACCUACCAAGCCAAGUCCUUUGGUUUACCUGGAGACAUGGUUCUUCUGGAAAAGCAGCCAGAUGUGCAGCUCACCGGUCAACGCAUGUCCCUCAUCCACAGCGAAUCCAGCGACCCACGGCCAGACAGGCUACAUCACGGAAGAGUGCAACUGAUUGAGGGAAACUUCAGGCACAAAGGCAACAGUGCCCCAGUGUCCCGGGAAGAGCUGAUGACUGUGCUGUCCGGACUGGAAAGGCUCCAUAUCCAGGGCCUCCACUUCACCGAGACACAGCGGCUCACCCUGGGCGAGGUAGGGCUGGAGGAGGCCUCUGACACGGGAAGCGGACCCAGGGCUCAUCUUGUGGAGAUGUGUGCCUGUCCCCCUGACUACACGGGUGACUCAUGUCAGGGUUGUCGCCCUGGGUACUAUCGGGACAAUAAAAACUUACCUGCAGGAAGGUGUGUUCCCUGCAAUUGCAACGGACAUUCAAACAGAUGCCAGGACGGCUCGGGGAUAUGCAUUAAUUGCCAACACAACACAGCUGGGGAGCACUGUGAGCGCUGCCAAGAGGGUCACUAUGGAAACGCCAUCCACGGAUCCUGUAGGGUCUGCCCCUGCCCGCAUACCAACAGUUUUGCCACUGGCUGUGUUGUGGAUGGCGGAGCCGUGAGGUGUUCCUGCAAACCCGGAUACACAGGAGCACAGUGUGAGAGGUGUGCACCUGGAUAUUUUGGGAACCCCCAGAAAUUUGGAGGUAGCUGCCAGCCAUGCAACUGUAGAAGCAAUGGCCAGUUAGGCCCUUGUGACCCCCUAACUGGAGACUGUGUAAACCAAGAACCCAAAGAUGGCAGCCCUGCAGAAGAAUGUGAUGACUGUGACAGCUGUGUGAUGACGCUCUUAAAUGACUUGGCCUCCAUGGGUGAAGAACUCCAACUGGUGAAGUCAAAGCUGCAGGGGAUGAGUGUGAGCACCGGUGCUCUGGAACAGAUCCGGCACAUGGAGACACAGGCCAAGGACCUGAGGAACCAGCUGCUUGCCUUCCGUUCUGCCAUCACAAAUCAUGGGUCCAAAAUGGAUGGCCUGGAAAAAGAACUGAGUCAUCUGAACCGGGAAUUUGAAACUUUACAAGAAAAGGCGCAGGUCAAUUCCAGAAGAGCGCAAACAUUAUAUAACAACAUUGAUCAGACAACUCAAAGCGCCAAAGAAUUGGACAUGAAAAUUAAAAACAUCAUUCAGAAUGUGCACAUUCUCCUGAAGCAGAUCGCUAGACCAGGUGGAGAAGGAGUAGACUUGCCAGUGGGCGACUGGUCCAGGGAGCUGGCGGAAGCUCAACGCAUGAUGCGAGAGCUGCGAAGUCGAGACUUUAAAAAGCACCUCCAAGAAGCAGAGGUCGAGAAAACGGAAGCCCGACUCUUAUUGAACCGGAUCAGGACCUGGCUGGAAUCCCACCAGGUGGAGAAUAACGGACUGCUAAAGAAUAUUCGGGAUUCAUUAAGUGAUUAUGAAGCCAAACUUCAAGACCUCCGUUCCGUCCUCCAGGGGGCAGCUGCCCAGGCAAGGCAGGCCAGUGGCCUCAACCACGAGAAUGAGGGGGUUCUAGGAGCCAUCCAGAGACAAAUGAAAGAAAUGGGUUCCCUGAAGAAUGAUUUCACCAAGAACCUGGCCAGAGCAGAUUCUUCCCUGCUGCACACCAACAAUCUCCUGCAGCAGAUGGACAAGAGCCAGAAGGAGUAUGAAAGCUUAGCUGCUGCUUUAAAUGGAGCAAGACAGGAACUGAGUGACAAAGUCCGAGAACUCUCCAGAUCCGGUGGCAAAACACCCCUGGUGGAGGAGGCAGAGAAGCACGCACAAUCUUUACAGCAGCUGGCAAAGCAGCUGGAAGAGAUAAAGAGGAACACCAGCGGGGAUGAGCUGGUGCGCUGUGCUGUGGAUGCUGCCACGGCCUAUGAGAACAUCCUCAAUGCUAUCAGAGCAGCAGAGGAUGCGGCCAGCAAGGCCACCACCGCCUCGGAGUCUGCCUUCCAAACAGUGAUAAAGGAAGACCUUCCAAAAAGAGCCAAGACCCUGAGUUCUGACAGCGAGGAACUGUUAAAUGAAGCCAAGAGGACACAAAAAAGGCUACAGCAAGAAAUCAGUCCAGCUCUCAACAGUCUACAGCAAACCCUGAAGACUGUCUCAGUUCAGAAGGACCUGCUGGAUGCCAACCUCACUGCUGCCCGUGAUGGUCUUCGUGGGAUACAGAGAGGUGAUGUUGACAGUGUGGUCAGCGGUGCAAAGAGCAUGGUCAGGAAAGCCAAUGGAAUAACAAGCGAGGUCCUGGAUGGGCUCAACCCCAUCCAGACAGAUUUGGGAAGGAUAAAGGACAGCUACGAGAGCACACGGCAUGAGGACUUCAACAAGGCUCUGAUCGAUGCCAAUAACUCAGUAAAGAAAUUAACCAAGAAGUUGCCUGAUCUUUUUAUCAAGAUUGAAAGUAUCAACCAACAGUUGCUGCCCCUUGGGAACAUCUCUGACAAUGUGGACCGAAUCCGAGAACUCAUUCAGCAGGCCAGAGAUGCUGCGAACAAGGUUGCCAUUCCCAUGAGGUUCAAUGGUAAAUCUGGUGUUGAAGUCCGCCUGCCAAAUAACCUAGAAGACUUGAAAGGAUACACGUCUCUGUCUUUGUUUCUCCAAAGGCCCGACUUAAGAGAGAACGGAGGCACUGAGGACAUGUUUGUAAUGUACCUUGGAAAUAAGGAUGCCUCCAAGGACUACAUCGGCAUGGCGGUUGUAGAUGGCCAGCUGACUUGUGUCUACAACCUGGGGGCUCGAGAAACGGAAGUUCAGAUAGACCAGGUGCUAACGGAGAGUGAGUCUCAGGAGGCGGUUAUGGACCGGGUGAAGUUCCAGAGAAUAUAUCAAUUUGCCAAGCUUAAUUACACCAAAGAAGCCACAUCUGAUAAACCCAAAGCUCCUGGGGUCUAUGACAUGGAGAGCGGCAGUAGUAACACACUCCUUAAUUUGGAUCCAGAGAAUGCUGUGUUUUACGUCGGAGGUUACCCGCCUGAUUUUGAACUUCCAAGCAGACUGAGGUACCCUCCAUACAAAGGCUGUAUCGAACUAGAUGACCUCAACGAGAACGUUCUAAGCUUGUACAAUUUCAAGACAACUUUCAAUCUCAACACCACUGAAGUGGAGCCUUGUAGGAGGAGAAAGGAAGAGUCAGACAAAAAUUACUUUGAAGGUACGGGCUAUGCUCGCAUUCCUACUCAACCAAAUGCUCCCUUCCCAAACUUCAUACAGACCAUCCAAACUACUGUGGACAGAGGUUUAGUGUUCUUCGCAGAAAACCAGGAUAACUUCAUAUCUCUGAACAUAGAAGAUGGCAAUCUCAUGGUAAAAUACAAACUGAAUUCAGAGCCACCCAAAGAGAAAGGGAUUCGACACACCAUCAAUGAUGGGAGAGACCAUUCGAUUUUAAUCACAAUUGGAAAAGUUCAAAAACGCAUGUGGAUAAAUAUGAAUGAACACAGUAUAAGAAUUGAGGGGGAAAUAUUUGAUUUCGGCACAUAUUAUUUGGGAGGAAUUCCAAUUGCAAUCAGAGAAAGGUUUAACAUCUCGACACCCGCUUUCCAAGGCUGCAUGAAGAAUCUGAAGAAAACCAGUGGGGUUGUCAGGUUGAAUGACACUGUGGGUGUAACCAAAAAGUGCUCAGAAGACUGGAAGCUUGUGCGAACUGCCUCAUUCUCCAGAGGAGGACAGAUGAGUUUUACAAACUUGGACGUGCCCUCAACUGAGCGAUUCCAGCUCUCAUUUGGGUUUCAGACCUUUCAACCCAGUGGUACACUACUAAAUCAUCAGACACGGACAAGUAGCCUGCUGGUCACCCUGAAAGAUGGUCACAUUGAGUUGAACGCUAGGGACAGCAGCGGCCUGAUUUUCAAGUCUCCAGGGACCUACAUGGAUGGCUUACUGCAUCAUGUAUCUGUAAUAAGCGACACCUCAGGCCUGCGCCUUCUCAUCGAUGACCAGGUCCUGAGAAGGAGCCAAAGGCUCCCUACCUUCUCCAGUGCCCAGCAGUCACUCCUCAUGGGAGGCGGUUAUUUCGAGGGUUGUAUCAGCAACGUUUUUGUCCAAAGGUUUUCACAGAGUCCAGAAGUCCUGGAUUUGGCUAGUAAAUCCACCAAGAGGGAUGCAUCCCUAGGAGGCUGCAGUUUAAACAAGCCACCUUUUCUUAUGUUGUUUAAAAGUCCUAAGGGAUUUAACAAGGCCCAGAAUUUCAAUGUCGAUCAGCUGUUGCAAGAUGCACCUCAGGCUGCAAGGCGCAUAGAGGCUUGGCAAGAUGGGAAGUCCUGCCUGCCACCUCUGAACACCAAGGCCACUCACAGAGCCCUGCAGUUCGGGGACAGUCCUACCAGCUACUUGCUAUUCAAGCUUCCCCAGGAGCUGUUGAAAUCCAGGUCACAGUUUUCUUUGGACAUACAGACAACUUCCUCCAAAGGGCUGGUGUUUUACACAGGCACCAAGGACUCCUUCAUGGCUCUUUAUAUCUCAGAAGGCCAUGUUGUCUUUGCUUUGGGGGCAGGAGGGAAGAAAUUGAGACUCAGGAGCAAGGAGAGAUACCAUGACGGGAAGUGGCACACGGUGGUGUUUGGACUGAGUGGAGGGAAGGCACGCCUGAUUGUGGAUGGGCUAAGGGCCCGGGAAGGCAGUUUGCCUGGAAAUUCUCCCGUCAACCCCAGAGAACAGGUUUACCUGGGGCUCUCACCAUCAAGAAAGUCAAAGAGCCUCCCCCAGCACAGUUUUGUGGGGUGCCUGAGGAACUUCCAGUUGGACUCAAAACCCCUAGAUUCCCCCUCUGCGAGGUCUGGGGUAUCUCCCUGCUUGGGUGGCUCUUUGGAGAAAGGCAUUUAUUUCUCCCAAGGAGGAGGCCAUGUGGUCCUAGCCGAUUCUGUGUCCUUGGGGCCAGCAUUUAAGCUCACUUUCAGCAUUCGCCCACGAAGUCUCACUGGGGUCUUAAUACACAUCGGAAGUCAAUCUGGACAGCACUUAAGUGUUUACAUGGAGGCAGGAAAGGUCACGACCUCUGUGGACAGUGAGGCAGGUGGGACCGUGACAUCAAUUACACCAAAGCGGUCUCUGUGUGACGGACAAUGGCACUCAGUGGCAGUCUCCAUUAAACAGCACAUCCUGCAUCUGGAACUGGAUAGAGACAAUAGCUACACAGCUGGACAGCUUUCCUUCCCACCGAACAGCACCCGAGGGUCACUACACAUCGGAGGCGUCCCAGACAAACUGAAAAUGCUUACACUCCCUGUGUGGAACUCAUUUUUUGGCUGUCUGAAGAAUAUUCAAGUCAACCACAUCCCGGUCCCCAUCACAGAAGCCACAGAAGUCCAAGGUUCUGUCAGCCUGAAUGGUUGCCCUGACCACUGACCCUACCCAUCAAGAGAAGCCACCUUUGGAAGCACCACAAGCCCAGUGCACCCCUCCCCCACUCAAAGCCAUCAAGGACACACAACACACAGUGACAGAGCACUGCCAUUUUGAGUUCCAUCCACACCGACCCAUCCCUGUGUUUCAGUGACACAUACACAUAUUUUAUUUCAAAAUCCCAUUUCAUGAAGAAAAUGAGCAAAUUGUUAUUCGAACAUUCACACAAUGCUUUUGUUAAUAUUAUUUUUUCUAAACGCCUUUUAGAGAACUUUUCCCCCCAAUCAUUAAAAAGAACAUCUUGUUUGGAGCACUUUAUGAAUACAAAACUGUAAAACAUGUUAAAUUGCUACAGUUCAUUGGGAUUUAAUAAAUACAAUGCACUCUUCAAA